AUGACGGAGCCAUCACCUAGUCCAAUUGCCAUCAUUGGCAUGGCAUGCCGUCUGCCUGGUGGUUCGGAUAACCCUUCCAAGCUCUGGAAUAUGCUUUCAGAGGGUCGAAGUGGCUGGCGUGAGAUCCCCAAAGAUAGAUGGAACAAAGAUGCGUUCUAUCACCCUGACCCCGAGGCAAAAGAGGCUGUUAACUUCAAGGGCCUUUACUUCUUGGACCAAGACAUUACUGCCUUUGACGCACGUUUCUUUAACGUACACCCUCAUGAAGCCCACUGCCUCGACCCACAGCAGCGCAUCUUGCUGGAGACGACAUAUGAAGCUCUUGAGAACGCUGGGCAAACUAUUGCUGGUAUCAAGGGAUCCGAUACUUCUGUACACGUCGGAGCUUAUGCUACUGAGUAA